AAGGUCUAUGGUCGCAACCGCCACUUUCGUUUUCUAUUUUCGUACAUUUCCGCGACGAAAGGCGCAUAUUCGGUGAACAUGUAUGUAAGGAGUUGUCUCUUGUAAGAAUCUAAAUAGAGAAAAUGAAAGACUCAUGACGACAUCGUGAUUGUCGAGUAUUUUGUGGGGUUGUAUUGGUAGCCUCUUUCACCUGCGUCACAGAUUGUGUGGAGUUCAAGGUUUUCCCGAGGACACAGCAGGCCUAAUGAACCCAGAACAACACAUUGGUGCCACAGACUCAGAGGAUGGUGAGCUGUACUUGUCAGGGAAUUACCUGACAAGUAAAGUCCCCUCGGCCCCUCCUCUGGCUCUCGGCACAGCUGUGCUACACGCCAGGGUGAAGUGGCCGGAGGGGCAUAUACCAAGGAAGGACUUUGCGCUGAGGAAAGCUCUUCAGACAUGGCUUAGAAAAGACUUGGGCUCCGCAGUGGAAAUAGAAGGCUUGCAGCUUGAGGAUACCACAGAGUGGGCUACAGUUGACAUUUAUCCAUCAACCGCUCUUGACAUAGUUCUAGACCAGCGGUUUGCCCAGUUGAAGUUAAAAGACUCUCGAGUUAUCACUGUGGAGUUUCACAGAGACAAUUCACAAUCAGUGGCUUCAGUAAAGGACUCAGAGCAGUAUGCAGUAGCUGAGACAGACACUUCUACAUCAGAGGAGAUCACUCUCUCAGCGGCCCUGACCAUGGCGGUUGAUGUCGAGAAGUUGGCGCCCGACAUUCAGGAACAUCUAGUUAAAAAAUUCGGCAAAUUCAACUCCGGUGCCAACACUUUCACAAUGUCAGGAAGUUUACCAGAUGUGGAUGAAUUCUUCACAGAGUUCUGCAGCACCGUAAACCCCAAGACAAAUGAAAGGGGCGGUGCCUUACAAAGCACACUAUCCAACGCCAGCCGUCACAUGACGGUCCCCCUUGCUCAUUAUUGGUACCUGAAUCAGGUGCACAGAAAAGAGAUGGAAAGGUUACAGCAGAAAUAUAGAGUCAGAAUCCACAACGACGUCUCUAUGUGUGUUGAAGCUGACAAGGACGCUACCAGUGACUCACUGGCAAAUGCUUGUCAGGAAUUUGCUGAACUUUUCCAGAGAUGCUCUGAUAAUCUUGAGACCAUUAUCCUACCAAGUGUGCACCAAGAUCCCACAAUCAUGAUUGAUUUCAUGAAGGACAUUUUGAGAGAGGAGAGAAAGUUAAUGCUCAACGUGUCCGCUCAGAACUGGAGCCUCUUUGGGCCAGAAGAGAACGUUUCCACAGCACAGAAAAUAAUGGACGUAAAAGCCAACAUGGAUUAUACUAGAAUGAAGAACAAAGAAGGCAAUCCCAAGAGUACACAGUCCAAGAAGUUACACAAAGAAUCUGAUGGGAAUAAACAAAGAGAAGUCCAAAUGCCCCAUGCAUCUGUCCAGAAUGUCGAACAGGAUGCGAAGGUCAGUCAUCCUACUGCAGAGAAGCCCCCCCAAAAAGUGUUGCGUAAAGACGUUAAAUCCGAUGCUCUUACUGACCCUCUUCUGAAUGAUGGGAUUCUCAUGAGUGACAUCCACUGGGAGAUAAUGAAGAAUACUUUCAAGAUGCAAAUAGAAAGCAUUCAGACUAGAUUUGGAGUUGCUCUGACGGAGAACAGGUUAAAGGACAGUGUUGCAGUCAGAGCUGUAGGGAAUCAUGCUCACAGUCUGGAGGUGAAUGCCCUCCGGGCAUUGAUGUCUCUUUACCAGAAGGUUGUCACGAGAGCUGUGUGCUGUCCUUUGCAAAACGUAUCCCACACCCAAACAGAGAUGGUAAAAAUGUAUCUAAGUGACGUCCGUGAACAGAACCCAUCGCUUGUCGUCAAGGAAGGGUGUGGUAGCGAUGGAGUCUGGAUGCUGACUGGCCUUCCGGAUCACCUGCGUUUCGCAGUAAGAGAAAUCGAGAAGAGGCUUGUUGGAUCUGUCUUUGAUGAAAAGCACAAGGACAUGAUUGGAUUUGAGCGAGAUACUGAAUUCCUGAGACCGUUUUCUGAUUUACCAGCUUGGAAUGGAUCAAAGGGGAAUAAAGGAGAGCAGUGGGGAAAGGGAGCCGCCUCUGGAGGAGGAAUUUAUGAAGAUAUUGAAGAGCCAUGGGGAGCAGAUAGGGGAGUUUUGGAAGGGACCAGAAGGGAACGAGGACAUGAACGUGGCGGUGGUUUGUUAUUGGGUCCAUUUCUGGGAAAAGAAAUAUUGAAAGGAGACCAGCCAGAUGGAACAAUGACACACUCCAUCAAGAAAUCCACCCUUCCUGGGUUUAGAAGAUGUGACACUAUUGUAAUUACCUAUCAUAUUCCCAGUGGCAUUCAGUCGAAAAAUCAUCCCAACCCCGGCAGCCAUUUCAAAGGGGCUCACCUAACAGCGUACUUACCUGCCAUUAGAGAAGGACGGGAAGUGCUUCAACUGCUAAGGAAGGCCUUCGAUCAGAGAUUGGUCUUUACUGUUGGGACCUCACUAACAGGAGGGGAUGACUGUUUGAUCUGGAAUGGCAUCCAUCACAAGAUCAACACUCAUGGGGGACCAGAAAGUGGCGGCUACCCAGACGAUAACUACUUAGUAAGAGUAAGGGAAGAACUCAAAGCGAAAGGCAUCGAAUGAAGAAUCCCACGGCUCAACUCAUAACCCAGAAUAAAUUAAUUAAAAUGCUUCCUUGUUCAUAAAAUGUAGGCCUACCAGAAUGUGUUAUGUGGAAUUUCUUCUAUGUUCCAUAUCUUCAGAUGAGAGUGGGAGGACUAGGCAACUCAUUCUUCACAGAGAUCACAACACAAGGAUAGAUGCAUAUUAGCAAAACAAUAUCAGAUUCAUCAUGUCUUGUUAAUCUAUGUUAAUUGUUUGAUCUGACUUUGAUAUGUUUGCUUAAAUUGCAAAUCAAUUUGUAUUCUUUGUUGAGGGAUGUGUUAUACUCAUGGUUGUCAUUACGAUAUAAAAAGAAUUAAAGGAGAAAAAACUGA